AUGAAGAAGGCUAUUGAAGAUACAUGGCCCGAGAGUAGACAUAGGCUAUGCAUGUGGCACAUCAUGGACAGGCCUUCUGCUAAGGUUGGUGCUACAAUCUGCAAUAAUACAGAUUUCAAAAAGAGGCUGUGUGCCAUUGUGUGGACCGAUUCAAUUCUACCUGUUAAGUUUGAAAGUGAGUGGGCUACCAUAAUGAACGAUUUUAACUUGGUUGAUCAUGAGUGGCUGCAGUCACUUUAUCAAAUCAGGGAUACUUGGAUACCGGCUUAUUAUCAUGAGGAUGUCAUGUCCGGGCUUAUGCGUACCUCUUCUCGUUCAGAGAGUGAGAACCAUUUCUUUGGACAGUUCUGUAACCCGGGUUGCACACUUGUCGAAUUUCUCAGGCAUUUUGAUUCUGCUAUUGAAGCUCAGAGACAUGAGCACAGGAAGAAUGAUCAUGACACCAGAAAUACCAACGCUGAAAUAUGGGCUGAAGACUUUGUUAUGAUGCGGGAGGACGACAUGACUCUGUAUUGUACAUGCAAAAGAUUCGAACAGUUUGGGUUGUUGUGCUCGCACAUCUUUUGUGUGCUAAGGAUGCUGGACAUUAGGGAGUUUCCACAACGCUAUAUAUUACGACGUUGGACACGGGAGGCUGUUCCAAAUAGUGCCCCUGGUGCUAUUCUAGGUAUCAACGAGACCGAGGAUCGUUAUAAUGAAGCUAACCGUGUUGUACGUGAGAUCACAUAUUCUACAGAGUCCGUUAUUAACAAGCUUGUCACCAACUUUGAUGCGCUAUGCUCGUUCAGGGAUCAUGUUGUUAAUUAUUUCAAAACUGCGGAUGAGUCGGUCGUCAAUGCUCCAAUUAAGAGCCGUCGUGAAAGGUUUGCCGAAAUUACUGGUAACACAAAACCAUCUGAUGCAACCGUUCUCCCUUUGGAACAAGAUUCAAAGUUGGGUAAAAAGAGUCGUCAGUGUCAAAAGUGUUUUAGAUACGGGCAUAACAGACGUACUUGCAAAAACCCUACCCGGACUAAAGAACAAGCUAUGGCCGAGGAUGACGGUGAAGAAGCUGAUGAAGUUAAUGAGGAGGAAGAUGAAUGGGUGGAAGUUGAAGAAGAUAUGGGUGAACAAGAUGAGGAUGCAUUAGACGAGGAGGAUGGGAAAGAGGAGUAG